AAUAAUAAAAUGACUUCUUAUUUAUUCAUAUUUAAUUUUUUUUGUUGUUAUUGUUCAUUUUAACAUUCUUUUACGUUGUAGAGCACUUUUGUUUUUCUAAAACACCUCUUCCUAAUUUCUUUUACAGCAACAAAUAACAUUGAAAGUAUUGUUCUCUCAUUCUAUUUUAUGUCGCCUUAUGAAUAUCAAAGAGAUACUUUGACAUUCAGAUUGAACUUAAUAAAGCAUGAAUAUUCCCUCUCCAUAUUCAUUUUUUGUUACCUCUGAAAGUGGAAAACAUAGAUCCAGUGUAUUUUGUGAUGGGUAAAGUUGAGUAUUUAUUGAGUACCAAAUAGUCUUGCUAAAGGACCCUUUUUUCCAUCCUUGGUAGCUUCCAGAGAGGACACAAGGCCGGAGUAGUAGUUUGGGUUGCCUGCUGGCUUGAGGAUUUUAUCUGAUAAAGGAUACUUUGUUUUAAAUUCGUUAUCCAACAGCAUCUCCAAAGCCUUGAGCUGUCUCUUUGCGUCCGCGAAAUCAAAUGGUUCCUGCUCGCUUUCGAGUGGUCGACGGAAUGUUUCCUCAACUCGUUUAGCCAAGAUCUGCUUCAUGUCUCUGUUUGGUCUGACUUUGUCUGCUGGCCAGUCCCUUACCAAGCGAAGGUAAGAGCGGUAGAGUGUCUGUAGUUCAUUACGUGCGGCCUGAGACAUGGUGAACAGAGCGUUUGAAUGCUAAGUUGCAAGGGUUCUGAAAUCUGUUCCUUCUGAUAGUCCAAGCCACAUAAUUCAUUUAUUUUAAAGGGUUCGGCGCUCCAUAAUUGGUCUUCCGUUCUAACAUGCACUUUCAUAUUCUUGGUACUGGAGCAGUUGGAUGCCAUGUCGCAAGUUUGUUGCGCAUGACGAACCACAAGGUUACCCUCAUCUUGAGGUCUCAAAAAGCACUUCAGGAUUUCAAGGCCCACAACCAGUCAAUAUCACUUACAUUGAAAGGAAAGUCUGCGUCUGUCAGUGGGUUUGACUCUAUGGUUCUACCUUCCGCUCCUUCUCAAGGGCCACCGAUCGAGUGCUUGGUAGUAGCCACCAAGGCACAGAGUGUAAUCGAGGCAGUUUCACCAUUAAAGAGCCGUUUAACCAAAAAUAGUACCCUACUGUUGCUUCAAAAUGGAAUGGGUGUCGUUGAAGAAUUGAUGGACACCGUCUGGCACGGGCAAACAUCUCCUCGUAUUCUCGUGGGUGUUAACCGACAUGCUACUCAGAGGACAAGUGCAUUUAAGAUCAUUAAUCACUCAGGAUGGAACGACCCCGAAGGCCUUGUAGUUGGAGAACGCCUCCAGCAGGGCGAGUCGCCUCGAGAUGACUCCCCUGUACUGAAAACCUUGUCUGAGAUUAAAGACCUCAGCUUAUCAAUUGUGCCCUGGGAAGAUCUCCAGAAUCGGAUGGCCAAGAAAUUAAUAAUCAAUGCCAGUAUAAACCCAGUUGCCGCACUUCUGGAUUUCACUAAUGGUGGAAUGAUUGACGAUAACCCGUAUACCAUGAACCUGAUGCGAGAACUUUGUUAUGAAGCGUAUUCGGUCUUGGAGAAUCUGCUUCCGGGCGAAACAGCAGAAAGUCUUUUUGAGUCAGUAAUCGGGAUUCUGCAAAUUACCAGACAAAAUCGCUGCUCGAUGGUCCAGGAUAUGAAUGCUAAGCGUCCAACUGAAGUAGACUAUAUCAAUGGGUAUCUCUGUCGUAUCGGAAAAAAUCAAGGCAAAAUCCUCAAAGUUCACCAAACAAUGGUAGACUUGAUUCACGCCAAAGAAAGGGUGGCAAAGCCGUAGAGAACUAUAAAUUAAAUUAAUAAUACAUUAAAUAGUCGCCAGAGUCGUCUACAGACAGAGAGAGAGAGUAAAAUCUGUAAUGAUUUGAAUUAGAUAAAAUCAUAAUACAUACCCACCAACAUACUUUUAUUUCUUCCUAUGUUGAAUAUCUUAUAUCAGAUAUUGCUAUUAUUCUUCUAUAUCAUCGUACAUACCUCAACACAAAGUACUAUCUACUUAAUACAGCUUGGCACCUUUUUUUUUG